AUGGAUCCAACUAAUGAUCCUAAUUUCACACCACCAUCAUUGAAUCGCAAUAUCGAGCCCACUGCUCCACUGUCAGAGAUUCCAAGUAAUGCACCAAUCCAGCCAUUUGUAUUGGCCGACUUGGGGGAUUCUGUUGAUGCCCCACCACCGCAUCCAUCAUUGAGUGAAGUUGGAGAAGAUAAGAAUAAGGAGAAAGGGUUGGAAUCAAGGAUUCCAAGAAAGCAUACGGACUUGUCUACGUCGUCGAGUGAGGAAGAGGAAAACCAUCCAGAGAAACCAAUCAAUAAAGGAGGUAAGUUAAUAUUACCACCAACCGCUAAAGUUAGAUCGUCACAAAUUGCUGAUUUAGAAGAAGUACCGCAUGGAAUUCAGAGACAAGCCAAAAGUUUAGAUAAAUAUCAAUUUCCAACUCAUCGAUUAGCCACCACCUUAUCAGAAGACAAUAAAUAUCCUUUAGUUAUAGUUGCAUGUGGAUCAUUUUCACCAAUUACUUAUUUACAUUUGAGAAUGUUUGAAAUGGCAUUGGAUGCAAUCAAUGAACAAACCAAAUUUGAAGUUAUCGGAGGAUAUUAUUCCCCAGUUAGCGAUAAUUAUAAAAAACAAGGAUUGGCCCCCUCGCAUCAUCGAGUUAGAAUGUGUGAAUUGGCUUGUGAAAGAACCAGUUCUUGGUUAAUGGUUGAUGCCUGGGAAUCAUUACAAAAUAAAUAUACGAGAACCGCAUUAGUGUUGGAUCAUUUCAAUGAAGAAAUUAAUAUUAAAAGAGGAGGAAUAAGGGAUUCAAAUGGUGAGAAAAGAGGAGUUAAAAUAAUGCUAUUAGCCGGAGGAGAUUUGAUUGAAUCAAUGGGAGAACCAGAUGUAUGGGCAGACCAAGAUUUACAUCAUAUUUUAGGAAAAUAUGGAUGUUUAAUUGUGGAAAGAACCGGUGCUGAUGUUCGAAGCUUUUUAUUAAGCCAUGAUAUAAUGUACGAACAUAGAAGAAAUGUUUUGGUUAUUAAACAAUUGAUUUAUAAUGAUAUUAGUUCAACCAAAAUUAGAUUAUUUAUAAGAAGAGGCAUGUCGGUUCAAUAUCUUUUACCUAAUUCUGUUAUUCGAUAUAUUCAAGAACAUAAAUUAUAUAUAAAUGAAACUGAACCAGUUAAACAGGUCAUGUCUGAUAAAGCUGAUUAA